AAUAAGCCAUGCUUUCAUACAAGUGAGUGGUUUCCUGAAAAGGAGAGAGAGACAAAAAUAAGCUCCAACACAGAAGAAAAAGAAAAAGAAAAAAAAAUAACAAGUCUCGUCGCGGAGGCAGUCCUAGACACGCACACGGAACCGUUUUUAACGUGUCACGCUCUAAAUUUGCAUGGCAUCUUGUCCUUGAUCGAGUCAAAUCCUUAAUAAACCCUCUCCUCACUCUGUUUUACAACGUUUGUGGUCAUGGCGGAUCAUCGCUCUCAUCGAAGCAAAACGACGUGGUGCAGCCUCGUAUUAUGGUCAUGGAUGUUGGUGGCGCACAGUGCAGCCGCGAGGCCCAACCGGAGGGAGUGGGACUCGGUCAUAAAGUUACCGACUGAACCGGUUGAUGCUGAUGCGGAUGAAGUGGGAACGCGAUGGGCUGUUCUGGUUGCCGGUUCCAACGGCUAUGGAAAUUACAGGCAUCAAGCAGAUGUGUGCCAUGCAUACCAGUUGCUGAUAAAAGGUGGACUCAAAGAGGAGAACAUUGUGGUGUUUAUGUACGAUGACAUAGCUACCAACGAGUUGAAUCCUAGACCUGGAAUCAUCAUUAACCAUCCCCAGGGACAAGAUGUGUAUGCUGGUGUUCCUAAGGAUUACACUGGUGAUGAAGUGACAUCGCAGAACCUCUUCGCGGUAAUUCUUGGGGACAAGAGUAAAGUUAAGGGAGGAAGUGGCAAGGUGAUCGAUAGUAAACCUGAAGACAGAAUAUUUAUAUAUUACUCUGAUCACGGUGGUCCGGGAGUUCUUGGGAUGCCAAACAUGCCAUACCUCUAUGCCAUGGAUUUUAUUGACGUUUUGAAGAAGAAACAUGCAUCUGGAGGCUACAAGGAGAUGGUUAUAUACGUGGAAGCUUGUGAAAGUGGAAGCAUGUUUGAGGGUAUAAUGCCCAAUGAUCUGAACAUUUACAUCACAACUGCAUCGAAUGCUCAAGAGAAUAGUUGGGGAACUUAUUGUCCAGGAAUGGAACCUUCUCCACCUCCAGAGUACAUCACUUGCCUAGGGGAUUUGUACAGCGUUGCUUGGAUGGAAGACAGUGAAACUCACAAUCUAAAAAGAGAAUCCGUGAAACAACAAUACUAUUCGGUUAAGAAACGCACUUCAAAUUUUAACAACUAUGCGAUGGGUUCUCAUGUGAUGCAAUAUGGAGAUACAAACAUCACAGGUGAAAAGCUUUAUUUAUACCAAGGUUUUGAUCCCGACACUGUGAACUUUCCUCCACACAACGGCGAGCUAGAAACUAAAAUGGAAGUUGUUAACCAGAGAGAUGCAGAGCUUAUCUUUAUGUGGCAAAUGUAUCAGAGAUCAAACCAUCAUCCAGAAAAGAAGACAGAUAUCCUGAAACAAAUUGCGGAGACAGUGAAGCAUAGGAAACACUUGGAUGGUAGCAUGGAUUUGAUUGGUCUUUUACUGUACGGACCAGGAAAAGGUUCUUCUAUUCUACAAUCCGUGAGGGCCCCUGGUCUACCCCUUGUUGAUGACUGGAUAUGCUUAAAAUCAAUGGUGCGUGUGUUUGAAACACACUGUGGGUCACUGACUCAGUAUGGCAUGAAACACAUGCGAGCAUUCGCCAACAUUUGCAACAGUGGCGUUUCUGAGGCCUCCAUGGAAGAGGCUAGUGUGGCAGCCUGUGGUGGCUAUGAUGCUGGGCUAUUACAUCCAUCAAACAGAGGCUAUAGUGCUUGAUUUUGGGUUCUAACACAAAGCCUUAAAAGCCCGUUUGAUAAUGUAAUACCCUGAAUUGCAUUGUUCCCUACUGUUUGUGUCAAAUUUGUUUUUGGUAUAACUAGACCAGUCGAAUAGCAUACCAAAGUGUUAUACGUUCGUGCAUUAGUCAUGUACAUAUGUGUAAUACCUUUUACCUUUUUAUAAGAUAAAUUAGUUUAUUAACAUCCAUUUGGGAUGAAAAUCUUAUGUCUCCCAAGUCUGUCAUCAAUUCCUCACGUCAGUUAAAAAAAUAUUAACGGAGUAGUUUCACUUCACCUCACAACGGAUUACCAGAGAAUGAAUAUGUUUGGAAAUGUUUCUUCCA